AUGGAACUGCUACGUUUCCUGCUUUCGCAUCCCGUGGCUUCGGCUGUCGGUCUCGGGGCAAUCUAUCUGCUCUGGGUGGUCCUCGACCGGCUGUAUCUGUCUCCCAUUGCCCGUUUCCCCGGACCCAAACUCGCUGCGUUGACCCAUCUGUACGAGUUUUACUGGGAUACCAUCUGCUGCGGACAGUUCACUUUUCAGAUUGGCCGUCUUCAUGAGAAGUACGGCCCCAUCGUUCGCAUCAGCCCGACUGAACUGCACAUCAAUGACCCGGACUACUACGAACUCCGCGCCCAGCUGAACCCCUUCUUCUCCAGCGCGCGCAUCCGCCGCCAGGAACCCGCUAUCAAGGCCCUCGUCGACAAGCUCUGCCGCCGCCUCGAGGAGCUCAAGAACACCGGCCAGCCGCUCAACAUCGAGCACGCGCUCACCUGCUACACCACCGAUGUCAUCACCGACUACAGCAUGGGCGAUGGGUACCACUACCUCGACGCACCGGACUUCAUCCCACAGUGGCACGGCACGCUGAUCGGCACCGCCAAGACGAUGGUGUUUAUCCGUCCGGUGGCGUGGGCGCUGCCGCUGCUGCUUGCCUUGCCUGAGGGGAUCACCGCGUGGCUGAACCCGGGGAUGGAGCUAUUUUUUGAUUUCCAGCGUCGCUGUCGCAAGAUGAUUAAGCGGAUUGUGGCGGCUCAUAACGAGAAGGGCGACCAGGGUGUGCAGAAUGGGGCCUUCGUGAAUAUCUUCGAUGAUAUCCUCCGGAGCGAUCUGCCCGCGAAGAACAAGAGUGAGACCCGGCUGGCGCAGGAGAUGCAGGUGCUUGUUUCUGCGGGGGCGGAGACCACGGCCAAGGCGACUACCUAUAUUCUGUUCUAUCUGCUGAAUGACCCCGAGACGAUGGCGAAGCUCAAGGCUGAACUGGAGACGGUGGGCGAGGAUCCGGCGCUGAUUCAAUUGGAGCAGUUGCCUUACCUAACUGGUGUGAUGUUAGAGGGAAUUAGACUCUCCUACGGCACCCCCGUGAGCAUGAGCUGCCUCCUAAUGCACCACAACGAAAGCGUUUUCCCCGACUCGUACCGCUUCAAGCCCGAGCGCUGGCUCGACCCCGCCGAGCGCAAACGCCUGGAAAAGUACAUGGUCGCUUUCUCCAAGGGUUCGCGCCAGUGUAUCGGAAUGCACCUCGCCAAAGCAGAAAUCCUCUUGUCUGUGUCGACUCUCCUCCGCAGAAUGGACCUGGAGCUGUACGAGACCACCAUCGAAGACGUAGCAACCAAGCACGACAUUUUCAUUCCUUUCCCUCGGAUGGAUAGCAAGGGUGUGCGGGUGUUGAUCAAGGGUUGA